AUGAUUGCACUUAAGAAAAGCAGCCCGACAUCUGAGGAGGGGGGAAAUCACGUCGGGCUUGCAAGACACGGAGCCCGCUUGUUGUAUUAUUUUCUGCUCUAUAGGUCUCGAGCGUUCCGCGGUGGGCGAGGAGCGGGCGGGCUGACGUCACGGGCUGCCGGCAGCGGCGGGCAGCGGCGGGCAGGGAGCGGCGGGCAGGGCCGGGCAGGGGGCCCGGGCGGAAGGCAGGCGGCGAGGAAGCUGCUCCUCCUGACACCCGGGGCGGAUCCUAUUGCCGCCCCGUCCCCGAUUACCCCCGCGGCGGAGCGGAGCCGGCCCCGCGUCGUGCCUCCCUGCCGGCGGCAGCAGGAGGGGUCGGGGCGGCCAAGGACGGACGGCCGCCCGCAGCCCGGCCCUGCCCGCGCCGCUGCGCCCAAUGGCACCGAUCAACUGACGGCAGUGCCCUCGUGUAACCGGCAGCGGACAUAGCGCGGGUUUGCCUUUGAGGCGACAUCCGCGGGUGGUAAACGGGGAUGCCCCUGCGGCGGGCCCGGGUGCGAUUUGCUUUCAGAGGGAAAUAAACAAGAAAACAAAUUAAAAGGGAGAAAAGAAAAAGGGAAGGAAGAGGAAAAAAAA